AUGUCGGCUACCACCGACGACAAGCAGAGCGGCGACAUCAUGUCGAUUCCCGGCGCCGAGGACCAGAUCGACCCUGCCACGUUUGAGCAGAUUCUCGAGAUGGACGAGGACGAGGAGGAGCGCGAGUUCAGCAAAAGCAUCGUCUACGACUUCUUUGGCCAGGCAGACCAGACUUUCAAGAAGAUGGACAAAGAGCUAGAAAAGAAGGAGGGAAAGUACCUCAAGGAGCUUAGUGAGCUCGGCCAUUUCCUCAAGGGCUCGUCAGCCACGCUCGGCCUCACAAAGGUCAAGGACUCGUGCGAGAAGAUCCAACAUUACGGCCAAUUGAAGGAUGAUGCAGGCACAAAGGACAUUACAGAAGAGCAGGCUCAGGAGAACUUGGGCAAGAUCAUCAAGCAGGCCAAGAAGGAGUUUGCGGACGUCAAGGACAUCCUCAAGGAGUUCUACAAAGAUGACGAUGAAGCUUGA